CAUUAAAAAUGACAGUUCUAUUCGAGGUUAUAUUUCAGCCAACAUUACCCCGACUAGCCUACUCUAAUGUUUUUGCUAGCGCAAUUGAGGUCUUCUACUAAUGUUGUAAGACAAACUCUGUUCGGUCACAAUGUAGGCACCUUCAGACAAGUUUUAAGCCCUUCAGCGCCUCGACAAAGUUCCAAUGUUACGAAGAUCGGCUCACGAGUCUUCAAGGAAGCUCGACUUUUGCAGAAGGAUAAUAUUCCAGAAGGGUUCCACAUUAUCUACCGCGCUCCGAUGAAGAUUUACUUCAAAAUAGCGCAUCACAUCACGAGCCUGAGUGCGGUGAUAGUUGGAGGUUUGGCUGUUUAUAUUGCAAUCUACGGUGCCGGCGAAUUGCAAGCUCCUUUCCACUUCGACACCAGCUCCUUGGCUGCCGAUAAGUCUGACAUCAAGUACUUCGCUGCCGGCUUUAUACUUAUCAGCGUCGGGAUGCGAUAUAUUGUCAUGCGGUAUCCUUACAGGAUUUACCGAAACGAAAAACAGUAUAUUGCAGUUAUGGAGGGGCAGAUUCCUUUUAGCACGCGACGACUGCGUUUCGAAAAAGGAGAUGUAGCGGCUGCGAGACCGUAUGGGAUUCUUCCAUGGAAGGACUCUUGGUACAAUGUUAGGAGACAGAAAAUUUUGUUGCUCGUUGAUUAUUUCAAGUCUCCUUCGGAACUGCACAACAUGCUGGUUCGUGAUAAAAGCUGAAUAUUGUUGAUUGUUAGAGAAUAAAUUUAUAGAAUGAAGUUGUA